GGAGGCAGGGAAAAGUAAAAUGUCGCAGGAGAGGAUGGACGAAUGUCACAGAGCAGUGACAAAAUUCGUGGUAAAAGGUUUGCACCCGUUUUCCACAGUAGAUGCUCCUGAUUUUCGGUAAGUGAUAAGUGAGUACAGUUGUUAAAUUAUAGUCUAACCCAGGGAAUGUCAAAGUUGUUCUCCUCUAACCAGAUGUUUCGCUCAUAUUUUUUAGAGAGAUGACAAAGAUUCUCAACCCCAAGUACACAGCUCCAAGCAGAGACACUUUAAGCAAUCACUUGAUCCCUGCUUGGUAUGGGGUUGAUAAAGCCAAUUUAUUUCCGAGCUUAAACCUGUGUCAAAGGCAGCCAUCACUGCUGAUGGGUGGACAAGUUUCAGCCAGGACCAUUACCUCACUGUAACACUACAUUAUGUGAAGGAUGGCCAGGCUCAAGAAAAGGUUCUCAAAACCAAGGCAGUAUACCAAGCACAGACAGGGACAGCUGUAGCAGAGGAGAUUGAUGGGAUAUUGGAGGAGUACGGUGUCGGAGAAAAGAUUGUGGCAGCCACUGUUGACAAUGCUGGAAAUAUGGAUGUAGCUAUUAAAAAACUAAAUAUUAUUAAGUUUCCAUGUUUUGCACACACCCUGAACCUUGGGGCACAGAAGCUCUAUCACUGCCCUGCCAUCUCCAACUGGGAGGCAAGAAUUCGCUCCGUUAUCCUAUGGCUGAAGAGGUCCCACAUGGCAAAAGUGGUCCUUAAGGAGAAGCAAGACUUGCUCAAGCUGCCCAAGCAUAUGCUCCUCCUAGAUGUAAAGACCAGGUGGAACUCUCUUUAUCUGAUGAUGGAAAGAUUCUGUGAGCAGUUUUCUGCCAUCCAGGCUACGGCCAUUGACCCAAGAAUCAGAAAGUCUAUGGAAAAGGAAAGACUGGCUAAAAUGGGCAACGACGACCUGAGAAAAGCAGAGGAAUUUGUGCUGCUCAUGCGGAAGCACUACUAUUCCACACUGGCUGUCUCCAGUGACAAAAGUCCAACCUGUGGUGAGAUUCUGCCCAUUCUGCAAAAACUGCAGCAACACUACACCGUACGUGAAGAUGACUCUCCCUUCACAAGGAGCAUAAAGGAAAACAUUUGGAAAGAUCUUUCCAAACGUUACCAGGACACUGAUGUCCAGAGAUUUCUAGAGGAGGCCACCAUCAUGGACCCACGUUUUAAAUCCAAAGUAGAGAAUGGUGAUGUCUGGGAAAGGAUCAGGAAUGCAGCAAUAGCAUCACACACAGAAGCAGCAGCAGAUGAGCUCCCAGAGCAAGAAGAAACACAGAAGGAAGGGUUCGAUGAGGAAGAAGAAGUCUACGUGCCACCUGUAAAGCUAAAGAAAACUGCUUUGGAGGAGCUCUUUGAAGAGGAAGACAAAUAGCUGCAGUCAUUCCAGCAACGGCAACCCAUUCUUUCCCUGGCACAGAGAGUCGAGCAGGAGAUCCAGCUGUACAGAAGUUUGGCCCCAAUCCCCUGCAAGGAUAACGCUACCCUUUGGUGGUGGAGCAAGAGAGAAACUCUGCCCCUGCUUUCAGGACUGGCUGAAAGUUUUCUAUGUGUUCAGGCAUCUUCCACCCCAUCAGAGAGGGUGUUCUCCACAGCUGGAGACACCAUAAGUCCUGAAAGAUCCAGAAUCUUACCAGAAAAAGCAGAUAUGCAAAUGUUUCUGCAAAAAAAUUGUUAGUGUUGAUGGUCCUCAGUUGGGCCUCUCAUAAGAUCUCACUGUUAGUUUUGUAAAGUCAUGUAACUAUAAC